GAUUGGUAGAAAUUUAUUUGGCGGUGGGGCUGUGAAUAAAGUUUUGAAAGUUUUCUCGAGUUCCCACCACUGGAACACACACAGAAAGAAGAAGGACCCGCGUGCUGCGUGCUGUGGCGCGUUUUGCACCCUUCAACAAAGUGACAUUUACGUUUUUAAUUCAGUGCCAGUUUAGUGUUUAAAGUAACGUUUCCAGUAAGUUUAAAGUGUUUACAUCGUGUUGUGAAUUUUAAUUUAUUAAGUGUUCUAUUGUGUCGUAAAAUAGUUUUUGUGUGAGAGAAAAAAAAGAGAAAAGUAAUUUUAUUGGACUCUUCCAAAAAGAGGGGUUGCUUUCUAACCUUAUUUUCUGCAAACAAAGACUACACACGGACGCUAACAUCUGUCUCUCUCAGAUAUUCAAGAUUUUAACCAAUGUGCAUUGGAUAAUUCGUGGGAUUAAUCAACAAGCAUUAUAAUACGUCCGUCAACGAAGCGUGUUCGUGCUUUAAAAGGUAAACAAAUGGAAGGAGAAGUGUCGUCUCAACGACUUUGUAUUUCAAGUCGAAGAAUGUUUUCGUGUGAUUAAAAUUGUCGUUCGACUUCUUUUUUUUUUUUAAAUUGUGAAAUUUAUUUUUGUGUUUCGCCAAAAAUGGAUAAGUGUUUGGAAGUCAUUGACAGCCCGGUGGGAAAGGUGAAUGUUAGUAAUCAGAGUUCUCGUAGUUCUUUUGGAAGUUAUGACAGUGGAUAUUUAACAUUAACCCCACAACCUGGAUGUCAAUCGCCGAGUACGGCAAGUCGUGUUCGUAUUUCGAAUACGUCAAUAAAACGAAGUCGCUUUCGAAAUGAUCCCCUGCAAUCGGAGAGAAUUACGAGGCUGCGCUCAAAAUUUUCGACCCUCUUGGAAAAUACGUGCUGCGAAGAAAAUGAAAAACGUAUUCGCAGUUCACUGCCAAACAAAUUUAAUCCGAAAUUAUUCAAUGAGACGGCAAGUCACAGCAUGCUGCCCGAGUAUCAGGAAUUCGGAAUGGAACUCCGAAAUCGAAAUCUCCGCUCAUGGAGGGCAACUGUACCAAUAAAUCCAGCGGAUGAUUCAAAACUUUUAGCAUCACCACCAUCGCCGGCUAUUCCAAGUUCAUCAUUUCAAGCAUCAGAACCCGAUGAAGAUGUGGAAAUGAAGGCAUUAAUGCAUCAAAGUACACCGCACACGUCAACAUUGAAAUCGUCUUAUCGUUCGAUAAGAAAAAGUAGUCCCGUAUUAACAUCCGUUGAUAGACGAAGACUCAGUAGAUUAGUAAUUAAUGAUUUGACAACGGUACCGGAAAUCAAGCCAAAGAGACUUGAUUUCAGUCAAAAAGGACUCUCAGCAUCCUUCAGAAGAAGUCGAGCGACGAGAGAUCAAACUGGUGUACCAAAUGUUGAUAUGCUCGUAUUAUUGGGCGAGAAAAGUAAUCAUUGGCGAGUUAUAUCCAAUAUUUUAGCAUUAUUAAGUCCACAGGAUUUGUGUUCAGUGAGUAUGGUUUCAAAAGCGUGGCAAAGAAUUUGUGCAAGUGAUUCAAAGGCAAAUGUGAGAAGACUGAUACACAUUAAACUCAAGCAGGAUGUUAAGGAGAAUCUUAAAUUUCGAAAAGGAAAAUUGGAAAUGGAUAUUACGACGAGUCCAAGGAGUCGAUUCACGAGGAAGGGCUAUCUUCUUGAGGUUCAAAAUCUUAUUAAAAAUGGUCACAAAACAUUGACACCUACCAGUCCACCAGUUUCGCCCAGUAAAGUCAAGUUCCAUUCUUUUGUCAAGGCAAGUCGAACCCUCGCACCCUGGGAGCAUCUCCUGCCGUGUCCAAGAUGCACAUUCCCGUGUCACGUGGACAUUGAAAAAAAUGUGGGCAAGUGUUCGAGGCAAAGUUGUUGCUUUGAAUUCUGCGCAAUGUGCUCGUCGAGUUUUCACAAUGGACCAUGCAAAACGCCAUUACUCGCCACACCAACCAAGAAGAGGAACAAGCCCCUCGUCGUCGGUUCCAGGCAGAGCAAGAGGAAUUUACGUCGCUUAUAGCAAUGCCAGAAAGCCUUAAAUUUUUAAGCGAAAAAAAAAGAAGAAAAAGAAGAAAGAAAUUAGCUGAUCAAAUUUCCAAAACAUAAUGGUUUCUCUCUUUCAUUUAUAUUGAGAAGUUUCUGAGUUUCGUUUUUGUUCCACAGUUUUUUACUGUUUAUUUUUCGUUUUCAUGUUAAUUUAUAUACAUACACACACAAAUUUGUUUUGAAAGU